AUGAUUGAGGAAGUAGGCUCGAUUAUGAGGCUUAUAUGGACAAGAAGAAAUGAAGUGGUGCAUGGGAAGGCUUUCAGGCAUCCCAACUCAAUAGUAAUUAAGGCCCAGGAUGACCUCUCUUGUUACAAAAUGGCAAAUCAAGAUCAUGUGAGUUGCAGGGCUACAGAGACCUCUAAGAGUCUUCAGAAAUGGACUACACCACCUGAGGGAGAAUACAAACUGAAUUGGGAUGCUGCCAUCAAUCAACCACUGAACCAAGUAGGUAUUGGGGCUAUUAUUAGAGAUUGCAGUGGCCAAGUACUUGGGACAAUGCUAGCUAGAAGAGAGUUGAACCUAUCCCCUUUCACUGCUGAAGCUUAUGUAGUGAUGAUGGCAGUCAUAUUCUGUAAAGAAGCUGGUUUCCAGUCAGUCCUCUUCGAAGGAGAUUCACUCAAAGUGGUCGAGGGGAUGCAGAAAACAGCUAAGGAUUGGAGCCAAGGAGGUUUAAUCAUUGAAGACACUAAGCAGAUGCUACAAGACUUUGUUAGUUGGAAGUUCUGUCACACAAAGGGGAUUCAAAUAUGGCAGCCCACUUGCUAG